GAAUCAAUCCAUAGAGUUGUGUUGUUGAGCAAAUCAGCAAGAAGAUGGUUUCCUCGACAUCAUUAGUUGGCCUGGUUGGCCUUGCUCUGUUGUCUGCUGUUUCUGGAGAAAACAUCACCAACGAUGCGUACUUUUAUGGACAGUCCCCUCCGGUCUAUCCUUCGCCCGAGGCAAACGGAACUGGAUCGUGGUCUGCUGCAUUUGCCAAAGCAAAGGCUUUUGUGGGGAACCUCACAGCCGAAGAAAAAGUCAACUUGACUGCGGGCAUCACCGUCAACUCGGGCUGUUCAGGAGAGAUUGCUGCUAUUUCCCGUUUGGGAUUCCCGGGGCUUUGCGUCAGUGAUGCAAGCAAUGGAUUGAGAGCAACUGAUUAUGUCAACGGAUGGUCGAGCGGGAUUCAUGUUGGUGCCAGCUGGAACAAAGAUCUGGCACGCCAGCGGGGCAUCCACAUGGGCCGGGAAUUCCGCCAAAAAGGCGUCAAUCUCCUGCUUGGCCCGGUGGUUGGUCCGAUUGGGAGAAUCGCCGAAGGAGGACGCAACUGGGAGGGCGUCUCGGUCGAUCCGUAUCACAGUGGGCUGCUAGUGGCUGAGACAGUUGAAGGCGUGCAGUCAGUAGGAGUGGGAGCGUCCACCAAGCACUUUAUUGCCAACGAACAAGAAACCAACCGCAAUCCAGAGGUGGAUGACCAGGGCGAGAAUGUAGCCUCUGUAUCGUCUAAUAUCGACGACCAGACGAUGCACGAACUGUAUCUCUGGCCCUUCCAAGACGCCGUCAAAGCAGGCACGGCGUCUAUAAUGUGUUCGUACAACCGCGUCAACAACUCGUAUGGAUGCCAGAACAGCAAGACAUUGAACGGGCUGUUGAAGACGGAGUUGGGAUUCCAGGGAUAUGUCAUCUCCGACUGGUAUGCCCAACAUGGAGGACUGGCGUCGGCUGAUGCUGGCCUGGACAUGGCGAUGCCAUAUUCGGAUUAUUGGGGAUCGAAUCUCACGACGGCUAUAUCCAACGGGUCUUUUGAGGCAUCGAGACUGGAUGACAUGGCUACCAGAAUCAUGGCAACAUGGUAUCUCCUCGGCCAAGAUGCAUCCUUCCCAUCGCCAGGCAUUGGAAUGCCAAAAGACGUCAACGUCGAGCAUCAACGCAUCAUUGGCAGAUCGCCCGCAUCCAAAGAUGUCCUCCUUCAAAGUGCCAUCGAAGGCCAUGUCCUCGUCAAGAACGUCAACCAAGCUCUCCCCCUCAAGUCACCCCGGAUGGUGUCUGUGUUUGGCUACGAUGCCAAAGGCCCGGAGACCCUUGAGAUUGUCAAGUUUAGCUUCCUCUCAUCCAGCCCUGCCGCCCAGUAUAACCACACAUUAUGGAAUGCUGGUGGCUCUGGUGCCAAUUCACCGGCGUAUGUCGAUGCCCCGAUUGAUGCUCUUCAGCGUCAAGCAUACGAAGAUGGCAGUUCGUUGUCGUGGAACUUUGAUGAGAAGAACCCGGUGGUGAAUCCCACCAGCGAUGCCUGUUUGGUGUUUAUCAACGCCUAUGCCACCGAGAGUUAUGAUCGUCCGUCUUUGACAGACGAGUAUAGCGAUGAGCUCGUGAAGAAUGUCGCAGCCAACUGCAGCAACACCAUCGUGGUCAUCCACAACGCUGGUAUCCGGCUGGUUGACGAGUGGAUUGAGCAUGACAAUGUCACUGCUGUCAUCUUUGGCCAUCUUCCUGGUCAGGAUACCGGUCGAGCAGUUGUUGAUCUCCUCUACGGCCGGGCCAACCCAUCCGGGCGACUGCCAUAUACCGUGGCAAAGAAGAAGUCUGACUAUGGAGCAUUGCUGCAUCCUGAUCAACGAGAAGGCGAAUACUGGCUGUUCCCGCAGUCCAACUUUAGCGAAGGCGUGUAUAUCGACUAUCGCGCGUUUGACAAGGAAGAUAUCACGCCGCGGUAUGAAUUCGGAUACGGACUGUCGUAUACGACGUUCAACUAUUCCAACCUGCAGAUCAGCCAGUCGAACGUCGACUACUCGGAGUAUCCCCCAUCCGCCCCGAUUGAAUCUGGUGGAAAUCCCCGUCUGUGGGAUGUUGUCACGACUGUCUCUGCUACUAUUGAGAACAGCGGCGCAGUGGACGGCGAUGAAGUCGCCCAGUUGUAUCUGGGAAUCCCCAACGGUCCAGUCCGUCAGCUGAGAGGGUUUGAAAAGGUGCACAUCGUGGCUGGACAGCAAGAGUCUGUACGGUUUGAGCUGAAUCGACGAGACGUGAGUACGUGGGAUGUGAAUGCGCAGGAGUGGAAGUGGCAGAAGGGGACGUAUCAAGUGUAUGUGGGAAAGUCAAGCAGAGAUCUAGACUUGACGGGGUCAUUUGAUAUAUAAUUUAUCUAGCUGCUGUUGAAUUGAAUGAAUACCUCCAUCUUUUUAAUAUAUCCUCAACAGUCAGAGGGUGAAUCUCUGGAAACCGUUCAUUCAGACAUCCCUCUUUUUCAAUGCAGGCACUUCCAUCAGUGGUGAACAAUUCAAAGAUGGACAUGAACCACUGGAAUGCUUUUUGGGGAAAGUGAGAAUACAACGCUUGAUGGCCUGGGAGCUCGGUAAUCUCAAACUGCCUGAGUUUGUCGAUUGGAUCGUAGUGGAUGUCGAAUUUGCAUUCUAGAGUUGUUUCUGCCAACGCAACGAAUUCAUUCCAGCUCAUCUCGUCGCCAAUAACUCUACUCUCCUCCGGCCAGUG